AUGCUGCCAAUUUUCGAAAACGCUCAACAGCUUUUUCAAACGGCUGAAGCACGCCUUGGCGAUCGCGUCACGCUUCCUUUUGGUGGUAUCAAUACUUCCCUCAAGAAUGCCUUAAUCGGCGCGGGAGUCACUGGUUUUAUCAGUUAUGCUGUAUCGAAAUAUAUCGUGUACUACCUGUAUCUUCAUCCUCUUUCCAAAAUUCCUGGACCUCCUGUGGAUUGGAUUCCACUGAUGGGGAAUAUUCGAGAAAUCUUUCGAGAAGAGGCCGGUGUACCACACAAAAAAUGGGCAGAGCAAUAUGGCGGUAUUGUCUGCUACCAUGGUCCAUGGAACCGUCCACGUAUCAUGGUCACUGACCCAGAUAUGUUAAAACAAAUAUUAAUGACUCAAGUAUAUGAUUUCACAAAAACGCCUGAAGGAUCAGAGUUCCUAGGCCGUAUUCUCGGUCAUGGCCUCCUGGUUUCCGAGGGCGACCUGCAUCGACGACACCGCAAAAUGCUCAAUCCUGCAUUCUCAUUGCAAGCCAUUCGAGAGCUGACACCCAUCCUAUUCGUUCCUCCUGUCCAACUCUACGAGAAAUGGAUGGAUGAGAUCAAAGCCAAGCAAACAAAUUUGGACGACGCCGUUGAAAUCGUCGUCUCACAUGGCCUCUCGUUGGUCACACUUGACGAAAUUGGACUUGGCGGAUUCGGACAAGAGUUUAAUGCAGUUCGGUAUGACGGUACGGAUAAAGUCAACAAGCUGAGCUGGGCUUACCAGACAAUCUUUGAUCCAAGCCAAGUAUCUUUGAUGCAAGCCUUGGCUCAGUUCUUCCCCAUGCUGCGCCAUCUCCCUACCCAGCGAAAACAACAGGUCGACAAGGCACUUCGAUUGCUCGAUGAAGAGAGCAAGAUAGUCGUACAACGUGGCAUUGAUCGUGUGGAGUCGGCAAACAAUGCCAAGACAUCCUACAAUGAUUUGUUGACUUUGAUGAUCCGUAAUGCGGACGAGGACGAGUCGGGUCAAGGUUUCACGGCUGAAGAACUACGGAAUCAGUGUCUCACCUUUUUGGCUGCUGGUCACGAAACAACAGCAGUAUCGUUGUCAUGGUGCCUUUGGCUACUAGCACAGCAUCAAGAUAUCCAAGAUGAACUGCGAGCUGAAGUGACUCCCGUUUUUGAAAAGAUAAAUAUGGACGAUCCAGUAUUCCACGAAGACCCAUUUAGAGUCGGAUUCGACAGCGCCAAUAUCCCAUCGUUUGAUACCAUCAACAAUUUACACCACUUGAACAAUGUAUGCCGUGAAACCUCGCGUUUGAUUCCUGUUGUGCCCCUGACGACGCGAUACGCAUCCAAAGAUGCAGUUUUGAAGAACCAUUUUAUCCCAAAGGGUACUAGUGUGUUUUUACCCAUUGUCGUAAAUCAUCACAGCAAGGCACUGUGGGGCGAGGAUGCAGAAUCGUUCAGACCCAGUCGAUGGGAUGAACAGAAAGCAUCCAAAGUGGGUCCCUAUGAGUAUUACCCUUUCUUAGCAGGUGCAAGACAAUGCAUCGGAUACAGAUUUGCCCUUAUUGAGCUCAAGAUCAUCCUAGCCGUCUUGGUGAUGAAAUUCCAGUUUUUUGAAAAGCCUGGGUUCGUUAUCAAGAAAAAGCAACAGAUCACCCUUCGACCAGCACCCAACAUGACCUUGCUUGUCAAGCCAGUUCCUCAGAAAGCACAAUGA